AUGAAGAAAACGUUGUGCAUAUUUUUCGUAUUUUUGUGUUCGACAGCUCAAGCUGCGACAUGCAAAUGCCGAUUGAAGCCGAGACAUUGCGGAUGGUGGUACUAUCAGUGUUGUAAUACUAAUUGCCAUAAUUCGUGCAAUAAUAAUGGAAACCAACAGUGCAAUCCUGGAAAUAAUAAUAAUAAUACUGGAGUCGAUGAAAACGGCUGUCCGUUUGGUUGGACAUUCCGCACGAGACCCUCCGGAGGCUUUUGCUUCAAUGUGUUCGCUGGCACAAUGACCCAGCCAGAAGCCGUUGCGAGUUGCCAGAAGCAUUCGGCAUUCCUCGCUGGAGUCCAAGAUCAACAAGAGCUUACUCUCUUCACGGAACGAGCUACGCAAGUCAUCCGCCAAAGUGGCUACAGUAGCGGCGGAAUUUGGAUUGGAGGAACGAGAAAAUCGGAAUGUCGAACGACCUCCAACAUUCCAGCACAAUGCUUCCCGGCCACCAAACAAGCAUUCGUAUGGAAUGAUAAUAUGGUGACAGGAGUCGAUGGAUUCAUAUUCCGCGACGGUCAGCCCGAUAAUAACAUGGGCAAUCAGAACUGUCUCUAUCUGUUGGGAGGAAGCCCAUCGAACGACGUAUGGGGAACAUGGUAUCCAGGAACUAUGGAUGAUACCAAAUGCGACUACACAUUGAACGACAGAAAUAUGGAUCGAUCGAUUAGAGGAUACGUCUGCGGAAUUCGAUCACGAACCAAGUGA